GGAACUUUUGAGCGCUGAUCGUUGUUUCAGUGCGGGUGUAUUUUGACGCGGCACAGCUAUGGGCACACAUGUAUGCAGAAAACAGAUGUUGCGAUGGAUGUGGAGAUGGAGUGUUUGUCCUGUGCCGGUGAGCAGAGGUCACGUGUCGUUCUGCUCCACGCAACAAGAACCUCAUCAAGAGAAUCCAUCUCACAGUGAGGUCACCCACAGACCUGGGAAUCAGCUCACCCUGUGCUCUUUGGGCAACAUGGGCUUCUCAGAAACUCAAGCCAAGGAGAUGCAUGAAGGUGCUGCAAAGAGCCGAGGGAAACAUGUACCAUCUGUUCUGACAGCACUGUUACUCCUGGGCCUAAAUCCCUCUAGUAUCCUGAAAAUAAUGCAGAAGUGUCCAGAAGUAUAUUCACUUAAAGGUGCAGACUUACAGCAGCGCAUCAAUCAUCUGAGGAAGAUGGGACUGAUAGAAGGUAGUCUGCAGAGGAUGAUCUGUCACUACCCGAAGGUCAUGCUCCUGCCAAUCAAGAGGGUAAAUAUGGUGUCCCAGCUGCUCAGAGAAAAAUGUCUCUUCACCUUCCAUCAGGUCACAGACAUCCUCAGAGACUCGCCUGAGGUUCUGGAGGAGGACUUGUUUCAGCUGGAAUACAAAUUUCAGUAUGCAUACUUCCGUAUGGGUGUGCGGCAGGCAGAGAUGAUAAAGGCAAAGCUGUUCAGGUUGCCUCUGUCCGAACUGCGCUGUCGUCACUGUUUUCUGGAGCGGAGGGGACUGUACCAGACUCCAGACAAGAAGGGCCAAACGCUUAUCCUCAACCCGCUCCUCAAAGACGUCCUCUGCGUCUCUGACGAAACCUACCUGACGCAGGUCGCCAUGGCAACUGCAGAGGAGUUCCAUGUUUUUCGCAAGCUGUUGGCAAGAGAGCAAGAGGAGAAGGGAGGAGAGGACGAAUACAGCAGUGAUGAGGAGGAUAACGAUGUUGAUGAAGAUGACGAUGAUGAUGGACUGCACAGGAGAAAGUGUCACUGGAAAACUGGUUACAAGAAGGAUAGGAAAUGAGGAUUCUUGUAUGAUGUAUUAAUAUAAUAAAAUAAAAACUAUUUCCUUUA